AUGUCUGCCUCCCUACCUGGCAAUCGGGACCUGCCUCCCUCCCAGUAUGAUCUGAGCACGUACUGGGGUCGCGUUCGUCAUGCGGCCGACAUUUCGGACCCUAGAACGCUGUUCGUCUCUUCGUCGGGUCUCGAACAGGCCAAGCGUCUGAUCUCUUCCUACAAGCAGAGCCAUGUCCCUGCUAUGACGCCGGACCUGUGGCGCGCCAAGAAGGUGGUCGAUGCGACGCUGCACCCGGAUACUGGCGAGCCGGUCUUCCUUCCUUUCCGCAUGUCGUGCUACGUCCUUUCUAACUUGGUGGUCACGGCGGGAAUGCUUACCCCCGGUCUUCAGGCCACCGGCACCCUCAUGUGGCAGAUCGCCAAUCAAUCCCUCAACGUCGCCAUCAACAACGCCAACGCCAACAAAUCCACCCCCCUCUCCGUCUCCCAAAUGACCAAAUCCUACCUCAUGGCCGUGUCGGCGUCCUGCUCCGUGGCCCUCGGCCUCAACGCCCUUGUCCCCCGCCUCAAGGGCAUCUCGCCCAACACGAAGCUCAUCCUCGGCCGUCUGGUGCCGUUUGCCGCCGUGGCCAGCGCCAGCGCCCUGAACGUGUUCCUGAUGCGCGGCGAGGAGAUCCGCCAGGGCAUCGACGUGUACCCGGUGCUGUCGGAGGCGGAGAAGGCCAAGCGCGAGGAGACGGGCGAGGCGGUGCAGAGUCUCGGCAAGAGCAAGAAGGCGGCGACCCUGGCGGUCGGCGAGACGGCCAUCAGUCGCGUGUUGAACGCCACGCCGAUCAUGGUCCUGCCGCCGCUGAUCCUGGUCAAGUUGGAGAAGACGGCGUGGUUGAAGGCGCGGCCACGCAUGAUCAUGCCCUUGAACUUGGGAUUGGUGUUGACGACGUCGCUGUUUGCGUUGCCGUUGGCGCUGGGAGCGUUCCCGCAGAGGCAGGCGAUUAGUGCGCAGUCGUUGGAGGAUGAGUUCCAUGGCCGGGGAGGGAAGGAUGGACAGGUGGAGUUUAACCGGGGGAUGUAA